UGCAUAGUGUCUGCUGCUGUUUCUUCUGCUUGUCUAUAUCAUUAUUGAAAUAUAUUUAUAAAGUGUUGCCUGUGAUAAUGGUGCUGGACCUAGAGCUCUUCCGCGAGGACAAGGGUUUCGAGCCCGAGAAGGUGCGGGAGAACCAGCGCAAACGCUUCAAGGAUGUCGGCCUCGUCGACACGGUUAUCGACAAGGACAAGACCUGGAGGCAGCUGCGCCACCGGGCCGACAACCUCAACAAGCUCAAGAACGUCUGUAGCAAGGAGAUCGGAGAAAAAAUGAAGCGCAAGGAGCCCCAGCCGGCUGCCGACGAAGCAGGGGACGCAGUCCCCCAACACAUAGCCCAGGAUCUCGACGCCCAAGUGACCCCGGAUAACCUCAAGACGCUCAGCGUCGCCCAGAUCAAGAAGCUACGUGUCCUCAUCGACGAGGCUAUAGCCGAAAACGCGCGCGAGCUCGAGCGAACCGAGGCUGUAAGGAACGAAGCCCUCAGGGAGGUCGGCAAUCACCUGCACAGCUCGGUCCCCGUCAGCAACGACGAGGACGAGAACAAGGUGGAGAGGACAUACGGAGAUUGCAUGCAGAGAAAAAAGUACUCUCACGUGGAUCUUAUUCACAUGAUUGACGGCAUGGAUGGGGAACGAGGCUCUGCAGUUGCAGGUGGAAGAGGAUAUUUUUUGACUGGCCCUGCUGUUUUCUUGGAGCACGCUCUUAUCCAGUUGGCUCUCAGAAAGUUAUUUGACAGAGGCUACAAGCCUCUGUACACGCCAUUUUUUAUGCGAAAAGAUGCAAUGCAGGAAGUUGCACAGCUAUCCCAAUUUGAUGAAGAACUGUACAAGGUGAUAGGAAAAGGCAGUGAGAAAGGAGAAGAAAAAGAUUUGGAAGAAAAGUAUUUGAUUGCUACUUCUGAGCAACCUAUAGCAGCGUUCCAUAGGGGAGAAUGGAUUCCUGAGACUUCGCUACCCAUCAAGUAUGCUGGUUUAUCUACGUGCUUCAGGCAAGAAGUGGGUUCUCAUGGACGUGACACGAGAGGAAUCUUUAGGGUCCACCAGUUUGAAAAGGUGGAACAAUUUUGUCUCACUUCGCCACAUGACAAUAAGUCGUGGGAAAUGAUGGAAGAGAUGAUUAGAAAUGCAGAAGAUUUUUAUCAAGAAUUGAACAUACCCUAUCGAAUUGUAAAUAUAGUAUCGGGUGCUUUGAAUCACGCUGCUUCAAAAAAACUCGAUUUGGAAGCAUGGUUUCCUGGAUCUGGUGCGUUCAGGGAACUUGUGUCUUGCAGUAAUUGCUUGGAUUAUCAGGCUAGACGUCUGCUGGUUAGGUAUGGUCAAACUAAAAAAAUGAAUGCCGCCGUCGACUAUGUGCACAUGUUAAAUGCAACCAUGUGUGCAGUAACUCGAGUGAUAUGUGCUGUUCUAGAGAUAAACCAAACAGAAACUGGGAUUCAAGUUCCAAAAGCCAUAGCUCAAUUUAUGCCAACACAAUACCAAGAGGAAAUACCUUUUGUUAAACCUGCCCCAAUCGAUGAGACGGAAACGAAAAAACAAAAAAAACAAAAAGAAAAUCAGAUCAAAUAG